CGUUUAAUCAUUCUUUUUCGCCCCGGCCUGCACUUCCGAUUUCAGACCUGUUUCAGAGCGUGAAGGAAAGAAGACUUCGAGCACUUCAGACCUAGGCGCGCCUAAGCGAGUUAGGGCAUUCGACGGACUUCGCCCUUCUUGGCCUGCGGCUGCGGUUGCGGCUGCGGUUGUUACGCGAAUUAGGAAGACGAACUCCACUCUGGCCCUCGCGAGGAAGACGAACUGCAAAUCCGCCCCUGCUCUGCGGCUGAGCUUGUUGGCCUGCGGCUGCGGCUGCCCUUCUUACGCGAAUUAGAGACCCCCCAUCCCACGGCCCCAAACCCUAAUUAGAGCUGCGGCCUGCAAGGUCACGAGGAAGACGAACUCCACUCUGGCCCUCGCGAGGAAGACGAACUGCAAGUCCACCCCUGCUCUGCGGCUUUGAGCCUCCCCCACUCUCCAGGUAACCUCCAACUCCAAUUCUCCAAAAUCCAAAUUCUAUUUGUGUUUACUUUUAGUUUUUUGAUUUUUUUUGAUUGAAUUGCUGUUAGAUUGUGAUUUCAUUGAAUUGUGAAUGUGUUAUAAUAUUCCGUUUGACCGACUUGCAAUCAUCCUUAAUAUUUAGGCAUAAUAGAAUUUAUAUUAAGUGUCUGAGUGAAAUUGUGGUGGUUUUGUGUAAUUAUUAUACUUUUUUUUUCAAUUAAAUGAUUGAUGUUUACUUCUGUUCAAUGCUGUUAACUAAAAUGAUUUCACCUAGGGUGGGAAUAUUGAUGAUCUCAGUUCAGCUUUUAUCAGUUUUUGGUUCGGUUUGGUUUGAAACAGAAAGAAAGAAUGAUUACCAAACAAAAUCUAUGUUAGGUUUGUUACAGUUUGGAAGAAAUUCUACAAAAUUCAAAUGGAAUUGCAAAUGGUUGCUCGGUUCCUCCAAACUGAUUCUUUAAUGGCUCAAAUCUAUCCUUUCAAUGUCUUUUUGAAGCAUGCCAGUAUGGUUUAUUUGCAAAUAUAAAAAACAUAGAGAUUAAUAUCUAUAAAAAGUAUAAUGUAGAAUUGAUUUUCAUUAGACAUGUACUCAACUCCAUUUCCUUACAUGUUCUUGUGGUUACUACUCCACCUAGAAGAGUCAUCACUCUUCUAAAUAGGAAGAUUGCUAACUGUUUUUUUUGUUAACGAGGAGGAUGGUUCUAAAUAUCAUUGGGCUAAGCUGAAAGUCAUAUGUCAACCCAAGGAAGUGGGAGGGUGGGGAUCAGAUCAUUGGAACACAUUCAGCACGUAUACUCCAUCAAGCUGUGGUGGGAAUUUCAGAAGAAAGAUUCAAUGUGGAAAAGAAGAGGUCAUUUCAAAUUUUCUUGAAGCAAUUCCUCGUUGUAUUUAAGAACUGGGAACCGGUUAAUAUUGAACAAUCUGUGGAGGGUAUGUUAUGUGCAUCUACCUCGGAGGGUUCAAAACAUGGCCCUGAUGUUGUACUUGGCUGUUCAUUUGGUCAUCCUGCAGAAAUAAUUCUAUGUUUAACUGAAGAGCUUGCACAAAUAACCAUCAUUGUUAGUGAAUAUCAGUUGGGAGCUUUCUCUACCUUAACAUCUGAAGGUUUUCCUAUCUUAGAUGCUUUGGCUGUUGUGGUUCGUUCAUUGCACAAUUGCCGACUCUUUGGCUACUAUGGCGGGAUCCAGAAGAUUACUGCAUUAAUGAAGGCCACAGUUGUGCAACUCAAGACCAUUCAUUGCUAGUGCACUUUCAACAGAAGGAAAUAUGCUAAACAAUGUUGUGGAGAGGACUGCAGUUUUUCAGAAUACUUUAGUGCGUGCUGUUUCUAUAAUAGGCAGCUUUGUCAACUUGCAGUCGAACAUAUAUAGGGCUCAUCUAAACAGAAGUCACUUGGAGUCUUUUGUCUUGAGGGGUAGCAUGGAAACAACUGAACCUUCUACAGACGUGAGUGGCUCUCUCACUGAAGUAUUGUUGCAGUGGCAUAAAAAGGCAGUUGUGUCUGUAAUGGAAGCAGGCGGCCUUAAUUGGUUAGUAGGUAAGGUAGAGACUGCGUGUGCAUACGUUUGUGCUGAGAGUAAGAUUUAUGAUGCGACUGAGUGGUAUACCUUCCAGUUACAUAGUGCAAUGGAGGCAAGCCGUAGGCUCAACUCAAGAAAGGGAAGAGUGAAACGGAUUAUUCCUAUGUCUCAAAUGCAAGUUGGGAGUUAUGAAUGUGGUUAUUAUGUGUUGCAUAUGUUGAAUAUUGUUUCGGCGGUAAUUCUUGAAAUGUGGGAUGAGCGAUUCGCCAAUCCGGAACCAUUCUCAUCAGAAAAGAUUGAUGAAGUACGAACUCGUUGGGCAUCAUAUUUCUUAGAAAUGACGCAACCCGUCAACGACACAUGAUGAACGUUUUUGUUUAAGUUUUUGAGUGAUGAUGAGACUUGUAACUUUAUACAAUGUGUUAUUACUCUAGACUUGUGCAAGAAUUAUUUUAGUUUAGCUUAUUAUUAUGUACUAAGUUGUUACUUGAACUUGUUUAACAUUUGUGGAAGAAUUGAAAAAUAGCUUGUGUUAUUGUUUUAGAUGGAUCAAGUGAACAGGUGAAAAAUU